AUCACUUAGAUAUUUUGCCCUCAUUUUAUUUUCACAGGAAGACUUUCUAUACCUUUCAUAUCCGCUUUGGGAAAUGAAGAACCGGUAAUUAAUCGUGGUUUCAACACAUUCAUUUUUUUGGACAGUACGUUUUCCCCGGUGUCCAGAAACAUGAGUUGUUUUCUGGAUCCUUUUCGUCCCACUUCUUUGGAGACCACAGAAGCAGAGUCGACGAUGCUAGCCGGAAGUGUCUUGCGCCGAAGCUUCUCCUGCCACCGGCUGAGUAAAAACGUCACCUUCUACAUGAACGAUCAUGUUGCGCCCGCCGUGCCUGGAGCUCCAUCCAGCGAGGACCAUAAACCUCUGACACUCAUGCUUCCGUGGUUAGGAGCCCGUCCGCAGGCCGUGUUCAAGUACUGCGACAUCUACCUCAGAACUGGCUUUGAUGUGCUUGUUGUGGAGAGCGAGGUGCAAGAAUUUCUAUGGCCUCGUUGGAGUUUGCAGAACGGCAAGAAGUUGAUGGAGUUGCUGCACAGUGAGCGCUUUGCGUCACGGCCGCUGUUGGUCCACGCCUUCUCCAUCGGCGGUUACACCUUCUCGCAGCUGCUGGUGCUAGUGUCCGAGGACCCGCAGAAAUAUAAGACACUUACAGGGAGGAUUAAAGGACAAGUCUACGACAGCUUAGUGGUGGGCUCCGUGGAGUUGAUGGCUUCAGGUGUAGCCAAAAUUGCUUUUCCUCGCUGGGAGACGCCGGUGAAACAAAUGAGCCUUCUGUACUUCAACACCUUCCGGCGCCAAACCACCGACUACUUCAACAGGAGCAUCCAAGUGUUCUGGAACUCUCCCGUCACCGUCCCCGCACUCUUCUUCUACUGCGACAAUGACCCGCUGAGCGACCCGCGCGCGCUAGAAGAAGUCCUCGACUUCUGGCGGGGGCGCGGCGUGCCUUUUACCGCCAAGAAGUGGGAGACCUCCAAACACGCCGGCCACCUGAAGGCACACCCGCAAGAGUACGUGGACACACUGGAAUCGUACCUCAAGUCGUUAUGUAUCGUUCCACUCAAGUCCAAGAUGUAACGAUGGAAAAAAACGAGACUUCUCAGGUACUAACAAGUUGUAAACUUAUUUAUACCAAAUGCGAAAUGUAAAUGGGUGCUACUCUAAAUGGCUACAAUGAAGGAGUAUCUAUAAACACGCAACUAGUUUUGAGACACUUCACCAUUCAGUAGAAUUAAAAAGUGUCUCAAAACCUUUGACAAAAUGUGGAUGUAUCCUCAAGACAAGUGUAUGUAUAUUUUUUUACUGUAAAAAGUAAUGUAGUUUUUUAAUUUAAAAAAACUACAUUUCACAACAGUCCAAUUUUACGAGGGAAGAGUUCUAUUCAUGACAGUCAGGUUGUAAUUAAGAGUUGCACCGAUAACAUUUUUUUUGGGAUCCCGAUACUGAUUAGUUUUUAGAUUAGACUAGAAGAAUGUUUGAGUUGAGAUCUUGACAUAGAAUAGCCAAAAAUUUGACUCAAGUAAGAGUAGCGUUACCUCUAAAUAUUAUACAAGUAAAAGUAAAUGUAGUCAUCCGAAAAUUUAACUCGAGUACAAGUAAAAAAGUAUUCGGUGAAAAGAAUACCCAAGUACUGAGUAUAUUUUUUUCAAACAAUAAUACAAUUGUUUUCAACACAGCACCAUCUAUCUGAACUGUUACUAUUGUACUGUAAUAUAAUCUAUUACAUGACCAUAUACUAGUAGUGCUGGCCAAAAGUAUUGGCACCCCUGCAAUUCCGUCAGGUAAUCCUCAAUUUCUCCCAGAAAAUGAUUGCAAAUACAAAUGCUUUGGUAUUAAUAUCUUCAUUUAUUUUGCUUGCAAUGAAAAAACACAAAUGAGAAUGGAAAAAAAAAUGAAUCAUCAUUUUUACACAAAACUAAUCUGAUGCUUCUCUAAUUUGUGUAAUUAACAGCACCUGUUACUAAUUUGUGGCACAUAAAAGGUGGUGGCAAUAACUAAAUCACACUUGCAGCCAGUUAAAAUGGAUUAAAGCUGACUCAACCUGUGUCGUUGUGUGUACCACAUUGAGCAUGAAGAAAACAAACACCAAAGAACUGUCUGAGGACUUGAGAAGCAAAAUUGUGAGGAAGCAUGUGCAGUCUCAAGGCUACAAGUCCAUCUCCAAAGACUUGAAUAUCCCUGUGUCCACCAUGCGCAGUGUCAAUGAGUGUAAAGCCCAUGGCACUGUGGCUAACCUCCCUAGAUGUGGACGGAAAGGAAAAAUUGACGAAAGAUUUCAAUGAAAGAUUGUGCGGAUGGUGCGUAAAGAACCUCGACUAACAUCCAAACAAGUUCAAGCUGUUCCGCAGUCCGAGGGUACAACAGUGUCAUCCCGUACUAUCUGUGGGCGUUUGAAUGAAAAGGGACACUAUGGUAGGAUACCCAGGAAGACCCUACUUCUGACCCAGAGACAUACAAAAGCCAGGUUGGAGUUUGCCAAAAUUUAUCUGAGAAAGCCAAAAAUGUUUUGGAAGAAUGUUCUCUGGUCAGAUGAGACAAAAGUAGAGCUUUUGGGGAAAAGGCAUCAACAUAGAGUUUACAGGAAAAAAACGAGGCCUUCAAAGAAAAGAACAUGGUCCCCACAGUCAAACAUGGCGGAGGUUCCCUGAUAUUUUGGGGUUGCUUUGCUGCCUCUGGCACUGGACUGCUUGACUGUGUUGAUGGCAUUAUGAAGUUUGAUGACUACCAACAAAUUUUGCAGCAUAAUCUAGGACCCAGAGUGAGAAAGCUGGGUCUCCCUCAGAGGUCGUAGGUCUUCCAGAAGGACAAUGACCCAAAACACAUUUCAAAAAGCACUAGAAAAUGGUUUGUGAGAAAGCACUGGAGACUACAAAAGUGGCCAGCAAUGGGUCCAGACCUGAAUCCCAUAGAACACCUGUGGAGAGAUCUGAAAAUGGCAGUUUGGAGAAGGCACCCUUCAAAUCUUAGAGACCUGGAGCAGUUGGCCAAAGAAGAAUGGUCUAAAAUUCCAGCAGAGCAUUGUAAGAAACUCAUUGCUGGAUACCGGAAGCGUUUUUUCGCAGGUUUUUUGUCUAAAGGUUGUGCUACCAGGUAUUAGGCUGAGGGUGCCAAUACUUUUGUCAGGCCCAUUUUUGGAGUUUUGUGUAAAAUGAUAAUGAUUUAAUUUUUUUUUUCAUUCUCUUUUGUGUUUUUUUCAUUGCAAGCAAAAUAAAUGAAGAUAUUACUACCAAAGCAUUUGUAAUAGGGCUGUCAAAAUUAUCGCGUUAAUGGGCGGUAAUUAAUAUUUUAAAUUAAUCACGUUAAAAUAUUUGACGCAAUUUACGCACAUGCCCCGCUCACAGUGCAAUGUCCACUUGUUACUUGUGUUUUUUGGAGUUUGUCGCCCUCUGCUGGCGUGUGGGUGAGACUGAUUUUAUGGGCUUCAGCACCCAUGAGCGUUGUGUAAUUAUUGACAUCAACAGUGGCGGGCUACUACUAGUUUAUUUUUUGAUUGACAAUUUUAUUAAAACGAAAACAUUAAGAGGGGUUUUAAUAUAAACUUUCUAUAACUUGGACUAACAUUUAUCUUUUAAGAACUUUCUAUCUUUCUAUCCAUGGAUCGCUUUAACAGAAUUUUAAUAAUGUUAAUGCCAUCUUGUUGAUUUAUUGUUAUAAUAAACAAAUACAGUACUUAUGUACCGUAUGUUGAAUGUAUAUAUCCGUCCGUUGUCUUAUCUUUCCAUUCCAACAAUAAUUUGCAGAAAAAUAUGGCAUAUUUUAUAAAUGGUUUGAAUUGCGAUUAAUUACGAUUAAUUUUUAAGCUGUAAUUAACUCGUUUAAAAAAAUUUAAUCGUUUGACAGCCCUAAUUUGUAACUGUAGUCACUUUCUGGGAGAAAUUUAGCAUUAUCUGACAGAAUUGCAAGGGUGCCAAAUUGCCAAUACUUUUGGCCAGCAGUGUAUUAGGCCAAAUACACAAAAAAUCUACAGAAAUAAAACAUCACCCUCUAGUGGAGAAAACAUUUCGUACCAUGAAAUUAAAAUGACCUUAUCUCCGGUUUUCCGUGGUCUAUCUGUGUUAAAUAAAAACUGGGAAAGAGUUUAAAAUCCAUACUUUUGAGUAAUCUUGACGGCAAUGCUCAACGUCAAAUAGUUUAUUUUUUACGCCGCUUUAAAGCCCAUGUGAUUGAUCACGCCAGCGUGAUUGUUGGACAUAGAGGCUGACUUGUGUCUGGUUGGGAUAAUGGAGUCAUGUGAUUAUUGCUGCUGCUUCUCAUUGGCAAAACUGAAACUGGGCGCAAAAUUGGCAAAAAAAAAAAAAAAAGGGGUAAAAAGUUACACAUCUACGCACAUCUACUAAAGUCAAGGUAAAAAGCAUGGUGUGGUAAAAUUACUCCGUCAAGUGCAUUUUUAGUAAUGUCACACGUUACUAUCCAUUACUGGAUAUUAACGAUGAACUAAUUCCUACUUUUGAUUUACUGCUUUUUAUGGAAGACUACUCAUCACUCCCUCAACAUGAGCUUCAGUUAAAACUGGUAAGGUUUACACACUUCAUAAGCUUGGUUUUUGAAUCAUUAACAUUUUUGCCUCUCAUGUGACCAAGAUGUCUUCGAGUGUGCCUUCUGUGAUGCCGUCAUUGCCCUUGAGCAGUGUUGUUACUGACUUUCAGAUGCACUACGUUAUCAUACCUGUUUUUGCGCCGCCAUGUGUCUUGGUUUUGAAGUCAAUUUAUGGUGGAAAUAAUGCUUCUUGACUUUAUUUACAUCUGCUUGUGUGUAUUAUAAAAUAAAAUCUGAAUGUAUACUGCCAUUUUACUAUUUAAAUGGUGCUGAUUAAGAAGAUCCACUUUAGUCUGGCUAUGUUUGUGUUAAAAAAUGAAUCAAGGGAUUAUUAAUGAUGAUGCCUUGAUUCGUUCAUAAGUUAUAAAUUUGAUCAUUUUAAAACCUACAGGGCGAUGAUGAAAAUUGGGAUAAUGAGGUCAAAUAUAUCAUAAAACGAAUUUAAUUUGACAAUGAAUUAGCUUAUUAAACUCAUUUGAAUGGUGUAAUGAUGAGAAGAGAAAGGGUCAAAGAGAUCAGAAAUAUGGUGAUAAUUUGAAUUUGUUUGCUUAGGUGGAAUUGUCUUGAGUGAUCAUUGUUUUUAACAAAUUUAUUAAAUGAUUGUUUAAAUUACAAUUGUGAUUAAUGUGUGGACAUAAGAGUUUUUGUAAUGUCGACCGCACUUGUAUACC